AUGAAUAAAGGGAGAACUGAGGGCAUAACCUUUACUAAGGAACCGUUCAUGGAGGAUGCGGGGCCUCGUAAGAUAAAGAACAUGAAGUUCUCCAUGUUAUCAGAAUCGGAAAUAAGCAAACUUGGUGAAGUUCAAGUGUGGAAAGGUUCCUACUAUGAUUCCUUUAAGAAGCCUAUUCAUGGUGGCUUGUUGGACCCUCGCAUGGGUCCUGCUAAUAAGAGUCUUGUCUGUGCUACAUGCCAUGGGAACUUUCAUGAUUGUCCAGGGCACUAUGGAUACUUAAACCUUGCCCUUCCUGUUUUCAAUGUUGGAUAUUUAGGUACCAUUGUGGAAAUACUGAAGUGCAUUUGUAAGGGUUGUGCUCGAAUUCUCCUUGAUGAAGAUACCCGGAAAAAACAUUUGAAGAAAAUGAGAAGUUCCAAAAAGAGUGAACUGGAUAAGAUUGGUUUUGUGAAAGAUCAUAUAAUUAAAGAUUGUAGCAAAGUUGUGAAUUGCCCAAGAUGUGGAUAUAUCAACGGUUCAGUAAAGAAGCUUCCAGCUUCACUGAUCAUCAUGCAUGAUUGUUCAAAAUGUAAAAAUACCGUAGUUGAAGAGCUUGAAUCCACACUUUCUCGUAUAAAAGACUCUAGGGCGAUCACAAAUGUGUCUAAUCGAAUUCUUAACCCUUUCCAAGUUCUUUCCCUCUUUAGAAAGAUGCUUGAUGAGGAUUGUGAAUUAAUUUAUGUUGCUGAAAGACCAGAGAAACUUAUAAUAACAAACAUUAUUGUGCCACCUAUAGCUAUUCGACCUUCAGUUGUAAUGGAUCAAUCACUGAGCAAUGAAAAUGACAUAACAGAGAGGCUAAAGAACAUAAUCCAAGCAAAUGCUGUUCUGCGCCAGGAAUUACAAGAAUCAAGUGUUUCAUCCAAAUUUCUGGAUGGUUGGGAGAUCCUUCAAAAUGAAGUUGCUCAAUUCAUUAAUAGUGAUGUUCGUGGUAUACCAUUUUAUAUGCAAUCGACCAAGCAAUUGGCUGGUUUUGUUCAGCGCUUGAAAGGUAAGCAUGGGCGUUUCCGUGGCAACUUAUCUGGAAAACGAGUUGAAUAUACAGGCAGAACAGUUAUUUCUCCGGAUCCUAAUCUGAAGAUUUCUGAGGUUGCAAUACCCAUCCAUAUGGCUCGUAUCCUGACUUAUCCGGAGCGUGUUACUCACCAUAACAUAGAAAAGUUGCGACAAUGUGUGAGAAAUGGUCCUGAUAAGUAUCCUGGUGCGAGAAUGCUUAGGCGUGAUGGAGGACUCUCAUGGUCCUUAAAAGUACUUUGUAGAAAGCGUGCAGCAGAUGAAUUGAGGAUUGGUGAUAUUGUUGAUCGCCAUUUAGAAGAUGGAGACAUUGUGCUUUUCAAUAGGCAACCAAGUUUACAUCGGAUGUCUAUAAUGUGUCACAGGGCAAGGAUUAUGCCUUGGAGAACUUUAAGAUUCAAUGAAUCUGUAUGUAACCCAUAUAAUGCUGACUUUGAUGGUGAUGAGAUGAACAUGCAUGUCCCACAGACCGAGGAGGCUCGGACAGAGGCUAUUCUGUUGAUGGGGGUGCAAAACAAUUUAUGCACACCAAAAAAUGGCGAAAUUCUGGUUGCUUCUACUCAAGACUUUUUAACGUCUUCCUUUCUCAUAACCCGAAAAGAUACUUUUUAUGACCGUUCUACCUUUACACUUAUAUGCUCAUACAUAGGGGAUGGCAUGGAUCUUAUUGAUCUGCCAACUCCUGCAAUUAUUAAGCCAGUUGAACUUUGGAGUGGUAAGCAGUUAUUUAGCAUUCUACUGCGCCCACAUGCAAAUAUGAGAGUCUAUGUGAAUCUUACUGUUAAAGAGAAAACAUACACAAAGCUUGAUGACAAGAAAAGAGAAUUGAAAACAUUGUGCCCAAAUGAUGGGUUUGUUUAUUUUCGUAAUAGUGAGUUGAUCUCUGGCCAAAUUGGAAAGGUUACUUUAGGAAAUGGCAAUAAGGAUGGACUGUUCUCUGUGCUACUGAGAGACUAUAAAGCACAUGCAGCUGCAUCUUGCAUGAAUCGUCUAGCUAAGUUGAGUAACCUUGAGAGGGUGUAUGUGGAUCAAAGCAAGCAUGAGCUCUGCUAUUUGAUUCGUCUUAGCAAAAGCAAACUGAUUCUGCAGGGAAAUGCUCGGUGGAUUGGUAAUCAUGGGUUUUCUAUAGGCAUUGAUGAUGUCCAACCAAAAGAGGUACUGAUUAACAAGAAAGAUGAAACACUUUCAGAAGGUUAUAGGAAAUGUGAUCAUCACAUAGAAGCUUUCAAUAAAGGAAAACUAGAACUCAUAGCUGGUUGUGAUGCUGCUCAAACUUUAGAGACUCAGAUUACUGGGGUAUUAAAUGGACUACGUGAUACCGCAGGGAAGGUUUGCAUGCAAACCCUGCACUGGAGAAAUAGUCCAUUGAUCAUGUCGCAAUGUGGAUCCAAAGGAUCUCCUAUUAAUAUCAGUCAAAUGGUUGCUUGUGUUGGUCAACAGUCAGUUGGUGGUCGCCGUGCCCCUAAUGGGUUCAUGGAUCGGAGCCUUCCACAUUUCCCUAAAAGUGCAAAAACCCCUGCGUUAAAACUAGAAACCACAAACCAAGAGUUGACACAAGGACUAGGAGGGUCGUCCAUAUGGAGGUGCCAUGCCUUUGCUCUGAUGAACAAAGUUUGGCACAUAGUUAUCAUGCAGCUAGCUCCAACCAAGGCUAAAGGUUUUGUUGCUAAUUCCUUUUACAGUGGGUUGUCAGCUACUGAGUUUUUCUUCCAUACAAUGGGAGGCCGAGAAGGGCUUGUUGAUACAGCGGUUAAAACUGCAGAUACUGGAUACAUGUCACGACAAUUAAUGAAAUCCAUGGAGGAUUUGUUCUUACAUUAUGAUUACACUGUAAGAAAUGCGGGUGGUUCUAUUGUUCAAUUUUGUUAUGGAGAUGAUGGCAUGGAUCCAGGAGGCAUGGAAGGAAAAAAUGGAAAACCAUUAAAUUUUGAGCGGUUGUUUCUUAAAAGCAAGGCCAUAUGUCCCAAUGAGGAAGAUGAUGAAAUUUUAUCUUCCUCUGAUGUGUGUAAAGUAGUUAAAGAUAAGCUCUCAGAAAUUGGUAUGUCAAGGGAAGUGGAUAAAGGAGUUUUAGAGGUGGGCUUCUCUGCAGAUUUUGUAGAGUCUCUACAGUCUUUUGUCAAUGAUAAUACAAAAUUAACAGAAGAAGCUUUCACUGAUGACAAUUCUCAAAUCCUGAAAAAUUUUGGGCAGAGGAUAUCUGGGAUCACUCGUAGACAACUAGAGGUUUUUUUGAAUAUUUGUCUAUCUCGUUAUCAUUCAAAAAAAAUGGAGGCUGGAGCUCCUGUUGGUGCUACUGGAGCUCAUAGUAUUGGAGAGCCCGGGACCCAGAUGACUUUGAAAACUUUCCACUUUGCUGGAGUUGCAAGCAUGAAUGUCACUCUUGGAGUUCCUCGUGUCAAAGAAAUAAUGAAUGGAAACAAAAAAAUCAGCACACCAAUUAUCACCGCAAUACUUGAGAAAGGUGACAAUGCAAAUACUGCAAGGAUAGUUAAAGGUCGAAUAGAAAAAACAAAUUUAGGCCAGGUUGCAAAGAGUAUAAAAGUUGUCAUGACGUCAAGAUUAGCGUCAGUUGAUAUCACCCUUGACAUGGAAAGAAUCCAGGAUGCACAUCUAAAUAUAGAUGCUAAUAUUGUAAAAGAAUCAAUUUUACAAACUAAGAAGACGAAACUGAAGCCAGAGCACAUAAAGAUUUUAGAUAUUAAAAAGCUUCGAGUUGUUCCCCAAGAUGCUGAUAGAAGCAAAUUGCAUUUUCAACUUCACUAUCUCAAAAAUUUGCUUCCAACAGUUGUAGUAAAGGGAAUUAAAACUGCUGAUCGAGUUGUUAUCAGCAAAGAAGAAGAUAAAAUCACCAAGGCUGAAAAGUUCAAAUUACUGGUAGAAGGCACUGGCUUUCGGGAGGUUAUGGGUAUUGAAGGGGUUGAUGGAUGUAAAACUCUUAGUAAUCAUAUCCUUGAAGUGCGGGACACACUGGGAAUUGAAGCUGCCAGAGAGUGUAUUGUUAAGGAGAUAAAGUAUACAAUGGUGGAUACUCAUGGAAUGAAUAUAGACACGCGCCAUAUGAUGCUUUUAGCAGAUGUGAUGACAGCCACGGGUCAUAUCCUCGGAAUAAACAGAUUUGGAAUUUCAAAGAUGGGUAAAAGUGUGUUAAUGCUUGCAUCAUUUGAGAGGACAGCAGAUAUUCUUUUCCAGGCAUCUGUACGGGGGAGGGAUGACUCGAUUGGUGGAGUAAGUGAAUCCAUAAUCAUGGGUAUACCAAUUACAAUAGGUUCUGGAAUGAUCCAGGUCAAACAAAGGUUGGAUCUUCCGGAGUUGCCUCAUGGAGCCCGUCCUCUUCUAGCUUGA